GGGCGACUCCAGUCCCGCGUCCGUCGCAGAACGUUCGACGGGAUUAUUCCGCUUAUCCCGCUCAAACGCCAUCUCGGCGCCCGCGGCGGUGGCGACGGCGACGGCGACGACCACGCCGGUUGCAGCGUGCCGUGGGAGGCCAGUGCCCGCAGCGGCGCUCACCUCCCUCCCCUCCGUCACCGCGUCCUCCACGUCCUCUCCUCGCCAUCCGGCUCCACGCUGCCGCCCCCGAGGGCUCGCUGCCGCCGCCGCCGUAGCAGGCCGAGCCGACGACAGCGCUGUAGCUGUCUUCGAGGGCUGCGGUUUCCGGCACCGACGCGGAUGAUCUGCUCGGAGCUGCAGCACACCUCCCCCACCUCUACUCUUCCACUUCCUAGUGUAUGGUGAAGGUGAAGGCGGCGGCCGCCGUGGCGUUGCUGGCGAAGGCAGGCGCGGGUUCCUGGGGCUCGCGGUGGCGGGCUUCAUGGCGGGGGAGCGCCUGCGCAGGCGGCGACAUCGCUGACGCUGCCAUCAAGGCCGCCAUACGGAUGCUGUGAAGGCGGCAGCAGGUUGGCAGUUUGCGGAGCCUGCACCCAGGUCGAUGCGGCGGCGCAGACGACCCGAUGCAGUCAGAUCCACUGUCGUUCCCCGACGUCCGAGCCGUAGGUGAGCCUCGCCGCCCCACCACCUUCCUCACACACUCUCCCGCCCUGCCUGCCACUUGCCUCCCUCGCCGCCGCCGGCUCGACGCGACCGAGCCGUGGACGCACGUCGUGGUUGUCGUCGACCUGCUGUUCCCCACCGUCCGAGCCAUGGGUCAGGCUCGCCGCACCACCGCCUUCCUCGCGCACGCUGGCCCUGCCCCCGCUUGCCUCCCUCGCUGCCGCCGGCCCGACGCAGCUGAGCCGUGGCCGCGCGUUGUGGUUGCCGUCGUCCUCGAUGGAGCAGCAGUAGUCGGGCCUCCGCCCCUCGCGCUCGCUGGACCUUGCCCCCGGCGCGGACCUCCGCAUCAGCGGGAGGACGGAAGGGGAGGUCGUCGAUCUCUGUCGUAGCUUGUGGCUCUCGGGGCCCGAGGAGUUCGCCAUCCCCGUCACCGCCUGGGAGGCGGUGCAAGUCGCGCUCUAACUCGGACCUCCUCCCCCGGAUGAUGAUACGUCCAAUGCAACCACAGAGGCCAUGUUCAUCAUCUACAGAUUCUGUUCUUCCCUUUCUCCCUCCAGUGAACAACGCAAACCUCUGGAUCAAAGAGACCCCCUGCUACCUCAACCCCAUUCAUGACGACCUCCUCUAGGUACGCAUCUGUAGUGCCAAUCCUUUUCCCUCUUCACUUCUAAUUUUGUUGAAUCCUAUCAGAUGCGUUGCAUCUCUUUCUCCUCUACAGGUCAAUUACAAAUCUUAGAUCUGCUAAUUUCAAGCAGAAAUCUAGAUUGGCUAAUUUCUCUUCGCUAUGAUCAUACAUAGAAGCGUUUACCUCUAAGAUUAUUGAGCUUUGCACCAUACUAAUCUAUCAAUUGAUCAGGUAAUAACAUAAAUUCGUACAUUAUUUUUUCCCCAUAAGUGCACAGAACAGGAGACAUUCAAAGGGAAUACAAAUGGUAUUUCGUUUUGGAUUAAUUGAACUCCCAGUUUUGUUUAAGGCAUUUGGAUUUAGGGUUACUUUCCAAAUGAAAAUGAAAAGGGUUGAAACAGAGUACAUUGGGUAUUUAAACAACAAUGAUUUCGAGGACAUUUCUUCCACUUGGAGGUAAAAACUAAAACUGUUGCAUCAAAUAAAAAACAAAGUUGACUAAUACUCUGAACUAAUAUUUUUUUACAUUUAUUGUUUAGUGGUAUGGUGAAAAGGAAAUAUUAUGGUUCAAAUAAGCACUUCCAUAGGUUUUGAUAGGCCAUUCUGUGCUGUUGCAUUUUCAGUAAAAUAUAUGAUUUAUUAGAAACAAAAGUAUUAGCAUCGCACCUACAUGUUCAAUCGGAAGAAUUCUUUUGUAGAUACGAUGUUCUGCUGAUUUGGUUAUAUUUUUAUUUAUUCUAUCUAAACAACAAUGAUUUUGAGGACAUUUUUUUCCUCCUGGGAGGGAAAAAUUGAAACUGUUGCAUCAAAUACAAAACAAAGUUUACUAAUGCUCUGAACUAAUACUUUUUUACAUUAAUUGUUUACUGGAAUGGUGAAAAGGAAAUAUUAUGGUUCAAAUAAGCACUUCCAUAUGUUUCAAUAGACCUUUCUUUGGUGUUGCAUUUUCAGUAAAAUAUGUGAUUUAGAAACAAAAGUAUUCAUGUGCUUAGAGAGUAAUCAAUUUAGAACAUGGUCCUUCAACGUAUCUCUUGUGACUAAGCUACAAGUUGCAGUAUUGCAGUAUCACCCUUGGCUAUCAUUUCUGCUUCUAUAGGCCAGCAAGGACAAGCAGGGAGCAAGCAUUGAUACAUAUUCUUAGGUUCUAAGUUUGGAGCAAACUGUUUAUCCAUGUGGUUUUAUGCUAUAUCCUUUGAUCAGAAUUAACUUCACAGCAACCAAAAAAAGCCAUGGAAAAAAUGGUUCCAGCUAAAAGCUCUGCAUUUUGAUCAGGAACAACGCAAGCAUCCCAGGGGCUUCACAGUCAGAAUAAUCUGCGCCAAAAAACAUGCUAAGCGAUAGCACCUCUGUACUGACAUAUAACCAUGCAUUCUACAUGGGCUAUAGUUGUGCUGCACCAUAUAGCUAUUAGCAUUUCCAACUGUGAUAUUUAUGUUAAGUUUAUACAUGUUAAGAUUAGCCUACAUUAGAAAAAGGAAGCCUAGGAAAACAAGACCAAAGCAAAACCAUGCCAAUGCUUAGAGCACUAAGCUAAAUUGGAAAAAGAUUGCCAUCAUCUGCUCCUACCUUUGAUACCUUGCAAUUGACAUCAAGUUAUCACUAAUUCGAAUUAAAUUGCAAUGAUUGCAGAUCAGGAGUAGGACAACCAUUCCAAAGACUUUACAUUCAGCACUGCCUGUGCCGGAAGAUAUAAUAGGCAGUACUAAGAUAUAGCUAGUUGUGUAUUGCACGUAAAAAAUAACUGUACUAUUACAUAUGCCUACUAAUAUAUAGACAUAUCACGCUAAUGCUACAUUUAUAUAUAUUAAUAUCGUCCUACCUUAAUCUAAUGAUUGCUAGGCGCGCCAAGGCACGCAUAAAGUACUUGUUUCACUCCAAUAUUUAGUCAUGGUACUAUCUCUUUCUCUCUCUUCUUUGCACUUUCAAAAACUCCACAUUGGAGCUGCUCUUAGGAUAUGCACGUCAGCACGUGUAUUCGAAACAACCUCCUCCUUCCAGAUGCCUGGAAGUGCCGAGAGCGUAAUUUGAUUUUUCGGUGGGUGCGCGAGCCUUCCUGCGAGAGUCCCGGCGCUUCGAGAACCUUCUCCCCAUCACCGGGAUGCCAUGCUCCGACCACAACUUCACGGGCCACCCUGUGGCGUCCACAAGACCACAACCAGAGGAAAAUCCAAGCAGCUCGAUCGGCCACAGGCUGGCCCCAGAGUCGGCUCGCCGCACGCGAAUUCUAGAAAACCCUUCUCCCCUCCCUUAUCCCUUCCCCGACCUCUCGCCAUUUCUCCCAAUCCCUCAAAAACCCCAUCCCCCCACACACUCCGAUCGACCCUCUUCCUUCCUCCUCCUCCCCCUCCUCCCUAGGGUUUCGCAAACCUUCCCCUUUGGUCAGGCAACCUCCUCCUCCUUCCUCGGUUUCACCGCCGUCGGCCAUGGCGACCACUACCUUCCCCACGUCGACCCCCUUCUUCGCGGGCCACCACGGGCCCCGCCGGAGCCGCCCCUCAGUAUCCGCCGCGGUCUACAGCCGGAGCCGCCGGUGGCGCCCGCUGCGGGUGUCGUGCGAGAAGGUGGUGGGAAUCGACCUGGGCACCACCAACUCCGCGGUGGCCGCCAUGGAGGGCGGCAAGCCUACGAUCGUCACCAACGCGGAGGGGGCGCGGACCACGCCCUCCGUCGUGGCGUACACCAAGUCCGGGGACCGACUCGUGGGACAGAUCGCCAAGCGCCAGGCCGUCGUGAACCCGGAGAACACGUUCUUCUCCGUCAAGCGCUUCAUCGGCCGCAAGAUGAACGAGGUCGACGAGGAGUCCAAGCAGGUCUCCUACCGCGUCUUGAGGGAUGACAAUGGCAACGUCAAGCUCGACUGCCCGGCGAUUGGCAAGCAGUUCGCUGCCGAGGAGAUCUCUGCGCAGGUGCUGAGAAAGCUGGUGGAUGACGCAUCAAAGUUUUUGAAUGACAAGGUCACAAAGGCAGUGAUCACGGUUCCUGCUUACUUCAAUGACUCGCAGAGGACAGCAACAAAAGAUGCUGGCCGAAUUGCCGGGCUGGAGGUUCUGCGUAUUAUAAAUGAGCCUACGGCGGCAUCGCUAGCUUAUGGUUUUGAGAAAAAGAACAAUGAAACGAUUCUGGUUUUUGACCUUGGAGGUGGCACCUUCGAUGUUUCAGUACUCGAAGUUGGUGAUGGUGUUUUUGAGGUGCUGUCGACAUCGGGUGACACUCACCUUGGUGGUGAUGACUUCGACAAGAGAAUUGUCGACUGGCUGGCUGGAAACUUCAAGAAUGAUGAGGGUAUUGACUUGCUGAAAGAUAAGCAAGCUCUGCAGCGACUGACAGAAGCAGCUGAAAAGGCAAAGAUGGAGCUGUCAUCCCUGACCCAAACAAAUAUUAGUUUGCCUUUUAUUACAGCCACUGCGGAUGGUCCCAAGCAUAUUGAGACAACUCUUACCAGGGCUAAAUUUGAGGAGCUGUGCUCAGAUCUCCUUGACAGGCUGAAGACUCCUGUGGACAAUGCUCUGCGAGAUGCGAAGUUGCAAUUUAAAGACAUAGAUGAGGUCAUUCUUGUUGGUGGUUCAACUAGAAUACCAGCUGUUCAAGAGCUUGUCAAGAAAAUGACAGGAAAGGACCCCAAUGUGACUGUCAACCCGGAUGAGGUUGUUGCACUUGGAGCAGCUGUGCAGGCAGGAGUUUUGUCAGGUGAUGUAAGCGACAUUGUCCUUCUUGAUGUCACCCCUCUGUCACUUGGUUUGGAGACACUGGGUGGUGUUAUGACCAAGAUUAUCCCAAGGAACACAACACUGCCUACCUCAAAGUCGGAAGUCUUCUCAACUGCUGCUGACGGGCAGACCAGUGUGGAGAUCAAUGUUCUCCAAGGAGAAAGAGAGUUUGUUCGGGACAACAAGUCUCUUGGUAGUUUCCGACUUGAUGGGAUUCCUCCUGCCCCACGUGGUGUUCCACAGAUUGAAGUCAAGUUUGACAUUGAUGCCAACGGUAUCCUCUCUGUCACUGCGGUGGACAAGGGUACAGGGAAGAAGCAGGACAUCACAAUCACUGGGGCCAGCACACUGCCAAAGGAUGAGGUGGAGAGGAUGGUUGAUGAAGCUGAGAAAUUCGCCAAGGAGGACAAGGAGAAGAGAGAUGCCAUCGACACCAAGAACCAAGCUGAGUCAGUCAUCUAUCAGACUGAGAAGCAACUGAAGGAGCUUGGUGACAAGGUCCCAGGAGAGGUUAAGGGGAAGGUGGAGUCGAAGCUGCAGGAGCUCAAGGAUGCUGUUGCUGGUGGCUCCACACAGACGAUGAAGGAUGCUUUGAGUGCAUUGAACCAGGAAGUCAUGCAGCUUGGGCAGUCGCUCUAUAGCCAGCAGGGUGCCCCAGGAGCUGGUCCUGCCCCGGGGGCUGACGCCACUGCCGGUUCAGCUGGUUCGAAGCCAGGCGAUGAAGGCGAUGUCAUUGAUGCUGAUUUUACAGACAGCAAAUGAGAUGCAUGUUACGGUGUUAGGUUUACAUGGGGGUUGCUGGGGACUUCUUGAAGUGCCGGAGGCAUUUGUUCCACAAAGACGGUGUAGGAUGUGUGGGGUGUACUUUUUGGUAGAUUGGCACCUGAGGGCGAGGUGAGGUGAGGUCUGGUCGGGCAAGUUCAGAUUUGACUGUCAAAUGAAUACAUAGGCCUUUUUGGCUUUUUCUGUUUUGCUGCUUUCUUUGCUUCUGAUAAUGGCUGAUGUAAAUGGAUACCAUUUAUUGCCUUGGAAUCCAGUGGAUGCUGUUGAAGUACAUAAAGUUACGUGCUUACUAGACCAUUA